GAUGAAUUCAUUGACUCCUUUGAAUUGCCAGUUACUGCGCUCCCUCCAAAUUACGCAGAUGUAAGCACUCCAUACCAAUUUCAGAACCACUGUGAUUCAAUGCUGUGACUUCAUCUUCUUUCUCAUUAUUCCGCCUUCUUGCUUUUCUUCCGCUACUGCUUCUUCGAGAAAAAAAAUUCUUCAUCUUAAAGGUAAAAGAAAGAAAAUCUUGUAGGAUUGGCAACGUUUCAAGGUUCUGAGAUUAUUCCUUAUUCCACUUCUUGAGGGCUUUCCAAUUGCUAUGCAAGUGAAAAUGGAGAAUGUAGACAGGAUUAGCAAUUUACCCGAUUCAAUUCUUGGUUAUAUUCUCUCUUUUCUUUCUACAAAAGAAGCUGUUGCAACCUCCAUUCCAUCUUCCAAGUGGAGAUAUCUUUUUGCUUUAGUUUCUAAUCUUGACUUUGAAUUGGACGAAAGCAGCCAAAUGCUUAAAAUUUCCACCAUUAAAAGUUUCAUGUGUUUCGUCGACAGAGUGCUGUUUUUCCAUAAUACGGCAAACAUCAAUGCAUUCCGUCUCAGGUGCGGGAAAAGGGUUGACUCGGAUCGUGUUUACGGCUGGAUAUCUGCUGCAAUUUGGCGUGGGGUUAAGCAUCUUGGUUUAAGCAUCUCUCUUGACAACUUCACUUUGCCUGGUGUUUUGUUUACUUGCACCACAUUGAUAACCUUGAAACUGGAGACUAAUCUUGUUUUGAAUGUUCCAAAGGAUGUUUGUUUACCCAAUCUAAAGAUUCUUCAUCUCAAAUCAAUCAUGUUUCCGAAUGAUGAUUCAGUUGAAAGCCUUGUCUCCAGUUGCAUUAGUCUUGUAGAACUGAUCAUUUGUAAUUGCAGCACCAAGAAGUGUAAUAUUUCCCACAAUUCGCUCAAGGUAUUGGAAAUAAUUCGGUCUGUACUUUAUGGUUCCCUAGUGAUUGAUACCCCAGCUCUAGCCUACUUCAAUGACACUUACUGUGUUGCAAGAGAGUAUUCACUCAAGAAUCUGCAGUCUCUUAUCAGAGCCGAUAUUGCUUUUCUAGACAUCAGAUUUGACAGUCAUCAAACUAAAGCAACAGCAUUUUUUGAAGGAAUCUCUAAUGUUAAUAUACUUGUUCUAUCAUCUUCUUCUCUCAAGGUUUGUUUCUUGAUAACUUCGCUAUCACAAAGUACCUAA